CAUAAUACAAGCGGUCGUCGUAUCGUGAGCAUCUCCAAAGUCUUAAUCUCCAAAAAAAUACCAUAAAAGCCCACAAGCACACUAUUUACUUUUGCUGCUCUGGUACUGCUUUCCUUUCUUUUCCUUUAUAAUUUGCAAAGAGUGUAACGUGUAUGGAAAAUAAUUUGUGACAAAUUAAGUGUUCGGUGUCAGUGCAGUGAGUCAAAUAUAACUUUACUAUUAAUCAGUAAUUCUUAUAGUUUUUCGAACUUAAACUUAGGUUAUUCCUAUAUAUUGAAAAAUGACGACUGCAGCAAGACCAACAUUUGAUCCAGCACGGGGAGGAACCGGACGAGGUGAAAAAGAUCUUAGUGCAAUAUCUCGUCAAUAUUCUAGUAGAGAUCUUCCAGGCCACACUAAACUAAAAUACAGAGAACAAGGUCAAGGUACUACAGAUGAAUUACGUUCAAGAGACUUCCGUAAGGAGUUAGAUGAAAGGGAGAAGGAAGUGAAAAGUUCUAGUACAAGGAGACCUGUAGAGCCCCCUACUAAGAGACCUAAAGUAGACCAGGUUCCGGCAGCGAGCUUGGAUGCUGAUGAUCCUCUUGAAGGAGACUCGUCUGACUCUGAUGAUUCCGAUGAUGACACUGCAGCUUUGUUAGCAGAGUUAAACAAAAUUAAAAAAGAAAGGGCCAUAGAACAGGCUAAGAAGGAAGCUGAACGCAAGCAGGAAGAAGAAAGGAUUCGCAUGGAAAAUAUUCUGUCUGGAAAUCCAUUAUUGAAUUAUUCUUCAGCAGGACAGAAGAAUGAUAUGAAGGUUAAACGACGCUGGGAUGAUGAUGUUGUUUUCAAAAAUUGUGCCCGUUCUGAACCUGAGAAGAAAGGCAACACUUUCAUAAAUGAUUCUUUAAGAUCAGAAUUUCAUAAGAAAUUCAUGGAAAAUUAUUUUAUACCUCCAUAA